AUGACUCCGGAUAGACAUUUGGGUGCUGCCUGGGCUCCUUGUUGUCGGCCUGACCUUCUUAUUACAGAGAGCACAUAUGCUACAACGAUUCGUGACAGCAAGAGGGCAAGGGAGCGUGAAUUUCUUGAAAAAGUUCAUGCUUGCGUCGAGGCCGGUGGCAAGGUUCUUAUUCCAGUUUUCGCAUUAGGUCGGGCCCAAGAAUUAUGCAUCCUCCUUGAGUCAUACUGGGAACGCAUGAGUCUUUCGGUUCCUAUAUACGUAUCCACUGGGAUGGCAGAGAAGGUAUUCUUAUUUAUUUGA